GCCAAGGAGGAAGAGACUCCAAAUUCUUCCUACGUAGUUUGAACCCAACAUCCAAAAGUUAAGCAGUGUUCUCUGUCAUGGGAUGAUGAUGAUUUUGCUUAGAGUUCUUAGCUCAAGAGCUAAAGAGACCCAAACGUUUAUCCCAGGGAAAGCAGACAGAAUGGAGCACCGUCGGCUGUUCUCACCUGAACCCCUGAAGCUUGCCUGUGGGAAGAUUGGCCAGUACCGAAAAAUUCAGCACCCCAAACGGAAAAAUGGCUCGUUCAAAGGGAAGAGGGUAGGAAGAUGGCAUAGAGCUAUGUCUACCAACUUAGCUAAACAAAGUGUCCUGGUCGCCAAAGAGGAAUCAUUGAGUGAAAGUGACUUGGAAUUUCAUGCAACACAAAACAAUCAGAAAAGAAACCUGAUGAAGAAAAUGAAGACUGUUUGGGGGAAAGUGUUGUCCUGCAGGUGUGGAAGCCAGUCAGCCCGUGCUGGCAGGGGGAGCUCUGCAGGACAGAAGGAAGCCACCCUCUCCAACACACAAGGCCUGCUGUCUAGAUUGGUCAAGGAGCUUCCAUCUCCCAGGUUGUUUACCAAGCCAAGAAUGAGAAAGCUCGCAGAGAAUGCAACUAUACAGCUCGAUGUUGUUGAAGCAGAGGAAGAAGAGGUAACCGGAGGAAAUCAGCUCCUCCGAGCCAGAAGAACCACCAAGCGGUUAUCUGUGACAUCACUUCCUCCGGGGCUGCAGAAGGUACCAUAUUCAUCAAAAAAGAGACCACACUUCCCAGCACUCAAAAAGAAGAAACAGUGCGUGGAAGACAUCCUCCAGAACCCAGAGCUGACAGUGGGGAAGCUUCAAAUGCAGGUGGACGACCUCAUAGAAAGAGUGACUGACAAAUGCACAAAGCUCUUGGCCCAAAGACAUGCCGAGCUUCAGCAGUGUGAGUUCCUAGGGGCUGAGAUCCUGCAGUCUUCGAAGCAGUUCCAAAGGCUUUCCAAGAGAACCACAAGGAAGUACAAGCUGAGCAGCACAUGCUGCCCAUGCGCCUGCUGGAGCCUCUGAGUUCCAAGUACACAGCACGGCAGCAAAGAGAGCCUGCCUCCAACAAGGUGGAAGACGAGAGCAGCAGCCGAGGCCGCCAUCUGAGCCUAACCUAUGCCACAGCAAGUGGACCCCCUUGCACAAGCAUGGAAACAUCCGUAUCGUGCAUGCAUGCCCAAAAAUAAAUAUUUUAAGAAAUGACUCCUAAAGAGUAGAGAGGAAACACUAAACACAUUUCUCAAGCACUAACAGAGACGCAGAAAAACAAUGCAGAUGGACUGAUCCUAACAGAGUGGAAACCUUCCCUGCAAUGAACACAUUCUACAUGUAGUGAUCACAGCCCCUCACUUUCAAAAGUGUUUCCUCAUGUAUAUCCCAAACGUGAUCUUCUCAGAUUCCUCAGCUGACUUCAUGAGGCACCUGUUACCAGAUACCCAGUUUUGAAUAAGAACAAAGAUCCAGCUUGAGACAUUUUGUUAAAUGUU